AUGGCCCAAACGCGAAACGCCUUCAUCAAGCUCAAAGAUGCAAUCAAAGACCUCGAGACCAUAACAAGCCCGGACUCAGAGAUGUAUUACAGGACACAAUGGCCUGGACUGUACAUCGCCGAAGACUUCGCAAACAUGCCUGGCCAUCUCUCUAUUCUUCAAGACUACGUCAUCGAAGCCAAAGAAGAACGUAUAGUGAACUGCCUGUGGGACUCUACCUGGGACAUAUCUCGCACACUGUCCGGUCCGACUGUGAACAUGGCAGAGAAGGCUGGCACUCGCGUACGUGGUGUGCUCGUGCUUGAAGCAGAACUGUUGGAGUGCAUGACUAUCUUGUACAAGCCGGAUGAGAGUCCCGGGGUUCGCACGCAUGUAAGACCGUUUACCGAGCGAGACGGAUACCUCUUGAACUACGCAGCUGGGCAGGGCCCAUCGGUGCGACCAGAUCCCCACCCCCAAGGACUGAACGAGACUGGAGUCGGUAUUGAACCAUUGUCGCAUGAGACUGGUGGCGAGGCCAGUGAAGAUGCUGCCAACGCAGCUAAAGGCAUGAAUGAGCCUACAGGAAAAGCCAGGGUGACGAUGAAGAUGCCACACGCAGCCCAAGGCGAGAGCGAGAGUGACGAUGAAGACCGUGUGAACCAAGCGACCUUCCUCUGUUGCCGCCGAGACGGAUCAGGAACGUACUACCUCAUUGUAGACGACACCAAAGCCUACCACAAACGACUGAGGCCGGCCGCAGGAGUAGGUUUCGAUGACGAAGCUUUCACUCGCAUGCAUGAAGAGGGACCGCAGGAGCCAUACCAGGCGUUCGAGUUGAGCAGGAAUUCAAGUAUCGAAAUCUCGCCGUUCCCCAAAGGCUACACCUUUCGCUUCAUCGCAUGCGGGCUGAGUUCAAAGAGAAAGCAGCAGAACUCAACAGAUCGCUUGACUGUAGAUGACGUCUCCUUCCACGUUAUCUAUCCGGAGUCGAAUGAUCUGCCGCAUCGAGACUAUGUGAUGGAUGUCGAUGGCACGGUGGAAGGGAAGAACUACCCACAGUGGCACUACGGGAUUGCUAAGCACAACGAGGACGCGUGGGAUGAGUUUGUUGCUCAAUUGGAGGCGCUGGUGACGGAUGCUGGUGGCUCGUGGUCCGACAAUAGAUCUUGA